AUGAAUAUCAACAUAGACUACAUUGCAUUCUCAUUUGAGAAAAUAGAAAGCAAAUAUUCAUUUAUGAAUAUGAAAUAUUUUCCAGUUGCAUUAAGAAUUCAUUGUGAGCAGUAUUUGAUAAAUUCGUCCGGCAAAAUUAUUUCAGAUAAUAAAACUGCAGCUCAAUCACAGCUAAUUAUUAUUGAGAAAAAUAUGAAUAAAAAAGAUCAAGGUUUAUACACUAAUUUUGAGAUAAAUAUGUCAAUUCAUGGAGAAAUUAAUCUUUCAUCAUUUUGUAACUAUACCAAUAUCUACAUAUUUAAAUUAUUAGAUGAAAAUUACCUUGGCAGUGAAGAAUUUAUAAUUGGGUAUUCAAUACUUCUCUUAAAUUCGGCUUACUAUCAUGAAAAUGUCUCAUCUAUAGAUUUGCCUAUUCUAAUUAACUGCUCAGAAAUAUUUCAAGAAAAAUUGAUUUAUGAUAUUAAUACACAAAUAUAUGAAAUUCUUUUCCUAAAAGAGAAAUUACCUCAAGAUAAAAAUCACCUUAACAAAGUUAGUAAUAAUUUACUUGGUUAUUUACAUUUAACAUUAAAUUUUGGAGAAAAAAUGAAUUUCAAUCCAUUAAUAGGGGAAAGAAAUAUUUCUGAAACAAAAAAAUUAAUAAACUGUGGUCCCAUUUUGAAUACUAUUUCGGAUUAUAUUGAUCUAUCAAAUACUAAAGUUUCUGAGCAAAGAAUUGAUUUCACUUCUCUAAUAAAUAAUAAAAGAAGUUUAUUUGACAAUUUUCCUUAUUUCUCUAUAGAUAAUUCACUCAUUAAAAAUUAUUUUUUAAAUAAAGAAAUCUUGGAAUUGGAAAAAGCCAUAAAUAAACUAUAUAUUGGAUACCUUACAAGACUUGAUAAUGCAAAUAUGUAUGAAAAUGAAUUCGAGUUGAUCUGGAAAUACAGGCUUUAUUUAAUUAAGUUUAAAGCAGGAAUCCCUAUGCUACUUCAUUUUGCCAAUUUAAAUGAUAAAUCCAUAAUGAUUGAAAUUGAUAAUUUGAUCAAUUGGAUUAUCCAAACCAUUAAAAAACCUAUGAAUAAUUGUAAAAAUAGGAUUUUAAACAUUGAAGACUCAUUAAAUUUGCUUUCAAGAGAAUAUAAAGAAUUUUUGAAUAUUCGUAAACUUGCUGUAGAAAACUUGGAAUUUUAUACCAAAGAUGAGUUAUUCCUCAUUCUACCACAACUAGUUCAGUCUCUUAGAUAUGAAAACGGAACUAACUUAAUGAUGCUUCUAAAAAGGAAAGCAAUGUGUGAUCUAAAAUUUUGCGUUGAAUUAUUUUGGUUGUUAAUUUCAGAAAUCUCAACUCAAGAAUAUCCCAAGGUUUUUGAACAAACAAUAUACGAAAUAAUCGAGGGCCUUGCUGAUUAUAAGAAUUAUAAUAUUAAUGGAACUGUAGAAGAAUCUUAUUGCUGUAAAUAUCAUUUCUGCCUAGAAAUGAUUGAUUUAAUUCUUUGUCAAAUACAAUUUAGGGCAACAUUAUUAUGGAUACAUCGUAUUUCAGUAGAAGAUUGCAAAAGAGAAAGAGCUGAGAAAAAAAUACAAAAAUUUAGAAGCGUAUUGAAUGAUUUUGAAUUGGGGAAAAUACCUCAUUCUCAAUCAAAGAUUUCUUCACGCUCAACAGGUAUAGAUAAAAUAACUGUUAAAUUAAUUAGCUCGAUGAAGGUUAUGUUAGAAGUUGAAAAUGAAUUUGCAAAUUUUUGUAGCAAAAAAAAAAACUUAAUUUCCUUAAAAUUUAUUUGUAAUUACGAGUUUGAACAUUUAAAGGAUUUUUCUUUAGAAAUGGAGGAAAUUGAGUUACCUUUAUUAAAUAUCACUAAUUUGAGCGAUCUUUUACUUCUUCCAAUUGAUGUUAAUAGAGCGUUAAUUGGUAUUGUUCCAAGUGAAAGUUUCAUUAUAAAGUCAUCUCAAUGCCCAAUCAUACUUUCUUGCAGAAUGGCGAUUCUUAAUAGUUCAAAUAAAAAAGGAAAUGUUCAGCAAAAUAUGCCAUCUGAUGAUACUUACGAAUCUGAAUCCAUAUAUCCUGUAGUCGAAUCCAAAUACAUGUACAAGGUGGGGGAUGAUUUAAGACAAGAUAGAUUAGUAAUUCAACUUUUGGAAAUAUCUUAUAACCUGCUUAACGAGUGGAAUGCAAAAAGUUCGGCGAUUACAUAUAAGGUUACGCCUUUUUCACAAUUUGACGGAUUAAUUGAAUUUCUCGAAGAUUUUUCCUCAAUUGGCUCAAUUAGAAAAAAAUAUGGGAAAAAUUGCAUAUUAAACUACUGGGCAGGUGCUUAUAAUACAAAUAUAAAUAAUAUCCCUCAUAAUGUAUUAGCUACUUUUAUAAAUAGCUGUGCAGCAUAUAGUGUUGUUACUUUUAUACUUGGUGUUGGAGAUCGUCAUCUUGAUAAUUUAUUAGUUGGGAAAAAUGGCCACUUUCUGCAUGUUGAUUUUGGAUAUAUUUUUGGAGAGGAUCCAAAACCUUUCCCACCUCCAAUGAAAAUAUGUUCGGAAAUGAUAGAAGCUAUGGGUGGCCUAAACUCAUCGGGGUUCAAGCUCUUUGUUGAUAAAUGCUGCGAUUGUUAUAGAUACAUUCGCAGAAAUUCAUGGCUAAUAUCUAAUAUUUUGUUACUAAUGGUAGAUAGUGGAAUAAAAGAUCUAAAUUCGAAGCCCGAAAAUAAUUACGCCAUCAUUUUGGAAAGAAUUAAAGAAAAAUUCAGGCUCGAACAAUCAGAAAGGGAGGCAGAAAGGUAUUUAAGGGAAAUAAUUAUGACAUCAUCAAAUGCACUAUUUCCUGCAGUUGUUGAUACCCUUCAUGAUUGGGCUCUUUACUGGGCUUAA